AUGGAAAAUAAAGGUGAAAAAUUAGGUCAACUUGUGCGAAACUCAUUUUCGAACUCGGCUACGGAUGUUUUAAGUAAAAAAGCAGCGGAUGAACUCGGCUUACCGCAAGGUAUUCAUGUUGGUUUACCAUUAAUUGAUUCAUAUGCAGGAGCAUUAGGUGGAUUAGCAUGUAAAUCCCCAAUACCCGAAGCUCAUCUUACUGAGCGUUUGGUUAUAGUUGCAGGUACAUCAAGUUGUUUUAUGGCAUCCAGUGAAAAGGCAAUUUUUGUUCCUGGAAUUUGGGGUCCAUAUUAUAACGUUCUGAUUCCUAAUCUUUGGCUUAAUGAAGGAGGUCAAUCAGCAGCCGGAAAAUCUAUUGAUCAUAUAAUGCAAAUCCAUCCAGCUUACAAUGAUUUAAAACAAUUAGCAGAUGAACAAAAUAAAAAUAUAUUCGAUAUACUUAAUGAAAUUUUACAUAAUCUACAAAUAAAAUAUAAAGUUGAUAAUAUAUCAUUAUUAAGUAGUAAUUUACACAUGACGAUUGAUUUUCAUGGUAAUCGUUCACCAGUAGCCGAUCCCGAAUUAGGUGCUUCAAUAAGUGGUCUUCGUUUUGAUACGUCAUUAGAUAAUUUAGCAAUACAAUAUUUAGCUGUUUUACAAGCUGUUGCUUAUAAUAGUCGACAUAUAAUUGAAGCAAUGACCAAAGCUGGUCAU